CCAAUAAACAGGCGCUAACGAGAUAACUGCAGUUUUUCUCAUGGCGAGCAUUUGGGUUUCUGAACCCAGAACCAUCUGCAGCUCCAAGACACAGCUCCUGCUGUUAUCCAUCCUGCUACUUCAGGAACUCUUCUGUGGCAGGAGCAGUCCCAUUCCAGCCCCAGGGCUUGACGAUGGACACAGAGGGGUGGUGGAUCCAUCGUUGCUGGAGCAGGAUAAUAACGUAGACAUGCAGAGUCUGCUGGAGAACUUGAAGGGACAAUUUCUGCAGACUUUCAACCUCUCAGGUUCGGGUCCUUCACUGUCUCCUGGAAACUUGAGAGAGGAGCCACCUGAGUACAUGAUGGAGCUCUACAACCACUUUGCUAAUGACCACAAUGCAAUGCCUUCUGCCAGCAUCAUCCGCAGCUUUAAAAAUGAAGGUAAGGCUCGUUUGUUUAUUGAGGGGCUAAUGGGUCAAAGGCGUCACCCCCUCCUCUUCAAUGUCUCAGUCGCUCACCAUGAACGCAUCACCGCAGCAGAACUCCGCAUCUACACCCUGGUCCAGACUGACUGCCACCUUUACGCAGGGAUUGACCGCAAGGUCACAAUUUAUGAAAUCGAAUCGAAUGGGCAGGCAGACUAUGUGACAAAUGAUAACAUAACUGGAAUAGAUGUGUUCAGAAGAGAAGGAGAGCAGAUGAAGUGGGUGGAGUUGGCAUCACGACAGGUUUAUGGUACUGAUAACGGGUGGCAGGCCUUCGAUCUCACUGCCGCUGUGCAACGCUGGCACAAUUCUGACGGGGUCACCACGCACCGGUUAGAAGUGCAUAUUGCCAGCAUGUCUGAUGAUGGUGUUCAAAAUAUGUUAGAGGACAACAAAAACAGGCAUCCACCUGUAGGGGACAUGAAGGUUGAUACUAGACCUGAGGAGAAACACAAACCCCUGCUCAUUGUUUUCUUAGACGAUCAGAGCAGCGACCACCGGCAUGACAAGUGUGAGCUGAAUGAGAUGAUUGACCAUGAAACCUCAAACAUAGUUCUGCAGAAUAACAUAGGGAUGGGUGAUUGGAGUGAUGAGGGAAGAGAACAAUCUGAGCCUGAUGAAGAGGAUCUCAUUCAGAUGCGGUCCAAUCUCAUCUUUGACUCAACGUCACGCAUCCGUCGCAAUGCCAAAGUCAACCACUGCAAAAAACAGUCUCUAUAUGUAGAGUUCAAAGAUAUUGGCUGGGAUAGUUGGAUCCUAGCCCCUCCUGGCUACGACGCCUAUGAGUGCACUGGCGUUUGCUCUUUUCCACUCACAAAGCAUGUCACACCAACCAAACAUGCCAUUGUUCAGACGUUGGUCAACAUAAACAGUCCUCAAAAAGCAGCACGAGCUUGUUGUGUGCCCACAAAGCUAGACCCUAUCUCCCUGCUCUACCUGGACGAGACAGGUGUGGUCACCUAUAAGUACAAGUUUGAAGGCAUGGUGGUCGCUGAGUGUGACUGCAGAUAGUCCCUGCUCUGAGACGGAACUAAACUUAUCGUAAGGUCUUAUCGACGCAGAGGAAAGGCACUGAAAAAAACAAUAAGCUGGAAGAGGAGGACAGAAUGUCUUUGACAAAAUGGCAUGACUAUUGUUCGUCCCAGUUCGUGCAAGCAUGUGUGGACAAACAAGACUCACUAAAGACACUGCUCACCUUUAUGCCAAUAUAGACAGUGGAGAGACAACAUGUCACUGACCUACAGUCUGCAUGUUGCCAAAAGUGACACCAACAAGAGCAAAAAGGAACAAGAUUUUCCAAGGACUCAACCAAGUACAUGAUCUGUCUAGGAAGCCUUGUGGGAACUUACAGGCCAACACUUCCCCUCCCUCCACUUCCCCUACCUCCACUUCCCCCCUGACAUCUGUCUUCCUUUCCACUUAUCUCUGGACUCCCCACUCGAUGCAAACACUAAUCAGCACUUCAUGUGUCCUGGUGCAGGAAAAUGACCUCCCAGAAGCAACCUGACAAGACAUGAACUUUACAGGCCCCGCUCCUGCCUCCUGCAGACCCCUGAUACGUAAGUGCUGUGUGGGGGUUGUGGUGGUGGCAUGGUUAUCUCUCCCAUAGUCUGUUUCCAACGUCACAUGCCUUUCUUCAACUCCCUGGAGCUGGAAUGAUAGCAAGGUGUUGGAGAGUAAGACACAUGAGAAACAUGUGAGACAACUACUUUAGUUGGAGAACUGGAUGCCAUUCUGCACAUACUUUGACUGCUUGGACUCAAGGGGGUCUAUGACAGGUGGGGGGGGUCCACAUUCCUAGGUAAAAAUGUUUACUGACCCAUUUUCAUGUACACCAUCCUAAGCUAUAGGUCAUACAUCACUUUUAUGUAGAAAUGUCCUUUACAGAACAUUAGCUUCUGUAAGCUAAUACCAAGUGUGAAAACAGGGGCCCAGUCUCAAAUUUCUGUGACCGCACCUCCCCAAGAAAAUGCCAAUAUUUUCUUAUGUUGUUAGCCUUUUGAUACCUCUGCUGCUUGUGUCAAAUAAAACACUAUUUAUUGUUCUAACUUAUUGAUUUUUACAACAGAGUAGAUAUAUAAGAAUAUGCAUAUGUAAAUUUGAUAUAAAUAUAACUUUUUUCUUGUGUAAUCAUGACAAUGCAUUUGCAGCAUAAUGUGAUUUGUUGUUGGGAAGAGAAAUGGUAACAGUUUUUAAAGGCAUAAAGAAUAAGUACCUGGUUAAAAAAAUAAAAGUUGCCUUUUGUCUAAACAGUGAGUGAUUAACUCCUGUUUUAUUGUAACUAAGAAGGAGGAUCGUUUCAUACAAAAACAUACCAAUCAUUACUGAAGCAUCAAGCUGACUUUUUGUUUAUUUAACUCUAUGCCAUUUAUAAAUUUCAUUACUAGAUGCUGCUAUUAAAAAAGAAAAACUUAGGUCUAUCGCAUCAGUGCUGUGAAAACUGGCCGCUUUUAUAUAAGCUGUUGAAAACACUUUGUUAUAUCCCAAUACUUUAAUAGUCUAACCAAAACAUAAUCCCUUUGUAAAAUGUUUUAACUUUAAAACUUGUAUUUCAAAGGCCAAAAAAUAAGUAAAAUACACCAAGAAAUAAUCUUUAAAAAAUGUAGUUCUUUACCAUGAAAAAUACAGUA